UCCGCCCGCGAUGGAAGCGGCGCGUCGCCAGAGGACUCUGGACAGGGCCGAGCUAUCAAGACAGAAAAUGGAACCUCCAGCCGUGACGACAGCCAGAAGAGAACUGGCGAUGAUCAGAAUGAGGUCUCGUCAAAUUCCGAAGAGCCAACACGCAAGCGGAGGCGGAGCCGGAAGGGCCUCGAGAAGAGAUUUGAAUGCAACGCCGAGGGCUGCGGGAAGAGCUACUCAAGAGCAGAGCAUUUAUAUCGACAUCAGCUUAACCACAACUCCAAACAGAUUUUCCGCUGCGAGUUCCCAGACUGCCCUCGCACCUUUGUUCGAGGCGAUUUGUUGAAACGUCACAUGGACCGCCAUACGGCUAAGGGCUCACAGCUCAACAGAAGAGACUCCAUGGUUAGCCAUGCGGCAUCUGUUGCUUCUCCCAAACUCGCUCCUGCUGAUGCCAGUCGGCCAGUGCCUGUGCCAGUGCCUAUUCCUGCGCCUGCGCCCAUGCCUGCAUAUAAUGAUCCCAGGCCACCCCCGCCAAUACAUCAUCAUCACCCCUCUCCUCAAGAGCCACCUGGGGACCCCUACCCGCUGAUAAACAAUGCCGGUCCUCCUCUAUUCCCCGGCAGCGUUUCGUCUGUUGGGCAUGAUGCGUUCGGACAUGGCGCGACUGCACCUCGCAGGCUAGCAAGCGGCCAGUCUCAUGGACCGACCCGGCCGUCGAUUCAGACUAAUGUCGGGCCCUACGGCGUGAUAUCACCAGCCUCCAGUGGACAAGGCUAUCAUAGCCAGUCCAGCAGUACACCACAAACCGCCGGCUUUGUUCCUCAGCAUAAUGUUCUUCCGUUUAGCUUGCCGCCAGCGCAAUAUUCUCACUUACAAACGGCCCCAGCACCCCCGAGAGACGGGGCGCCGCCUCAUGGAACCACGACAGCAUCGGCACAGUACUCCGACGCCCACCACCAUCAUCCAAACGAGAUGAUGAUGAUGGAUCACAUGGAAAUGUCAAACAGUGGGCCAGUAUUUGCUGACGAUGGUGUCAACAAGUCUCCGUAUGUAGGGAUGCCCGAGGAUUUCAUGGCAUAUCUGUUCAACUCGAUGCCGGCAAAUGGUUCUCCUCAUCCGCAGGCGCUACCCCCCCCUCUUCUAAAUUAUGGCAAUUCGCCGAAUGGCAGUCACGGCGACCACUUUUUGGGCGAGCAUUCAACUGUGGGAUUCUUUCCUUCUGACCCACAAGAUGUUAUGGCUGUUAAUAACAUCUUGGAGCAGCAUGCCCCUGAGGCCAAUAUCACAGAGGAGCGUAGCCAGGAGAUUUUCGACCUGAUUAGCGAACGCUUCCAAGAAGACAAUGAUGACAUCUCCGCAAAACAACGACGCAACAGCAUUCUGGGUGGCGACCGCUCUUCCGGCGAGCACAUGUUAAGCAGGCGAAUGAUGCAAGCUUACGUCGGCUCAUACUGGUAUCACUUUAGCGAUCAAAUGCCAAUCUUGCACAAGCCCACCUUUGCCACGGAGAAGACACCCAACCUUUUGCUCAUCGCCAUCAUGGCCAUUGGCGCCGCUUGUCUGGACAGAACACACGGGACGAAGGUGACAAUGGCAGGCGCCGAGGUCUCCAAUUUCCUUGCGGAGCACUUGCGAUGGGAAGUAUUCAUGGAGCGCAGUUUUCGGCCUCCCGCCAAAUUGUGGGUUUUCCAAACGCUGAUCCUGCUUGAGCUGUAUGAGAAGAUGUAUUCGACCAGGGAACUCCACGAGCGAGCUCACAUUCACCACGCCACUACAGUAACCUUGAUGAGGAGAGGACGAUCCCUCAUUGGAAAAUCGACAUUGGAUUCGCCACCUCAACACAGUUCCGACGGAUCGCGAAAAUCCUCGGCCUCUGGUAUAGCUCACACAGCGGACGAAUGGUGGAACCACUGGAUUACGAACGAGGCUACUCGGAGAGCCGCCUUUGCGGCCUUUAUCAUCGAUUCGACUCAUGCCACCAUGUUUGGCCAUUCGGCAGUCAUGGUAGCUCAUGAGAUGAGGCUAACACUACCCUGUGACGAGUCUCUAUGGAGGGCUGUUAGCAGCGCUGAGGUCGGCCGAGUCGAAGCCAACUUAAUGUCCCGUGGCAUCAAGCCCGUAACGUUCCUCGAGGGCCUGAAACGCACAUUGAGUCACCAGGACGUACGAACAACACCGUUCGGCCGAUCAGUUCUCAUGGCCGGGCUUCUUAGUGUCACAUAUCAUAUGCACCAACGCGAUCUUCAAGUCAACGUACUAGGAGGGGGGGUUAUUCAGGCCCUUGGUGGGCGAGACAAGUGGCGGGCAACUCUCACUAGGGCAUACGACUCGUGGAAGUCAAACUUUGACAAGGCGAUUGAGCAAAACGAAUCCGAUCCGUAUAGAUUGGAUUUGCAGCAACAAGAUUUCAACGUUGUGUUUGAGAGCCGUACGGUGUUGCACCACUUGGCACACAUGGCUAUGCACGCUGAUAUUGUGGACUGCCAAAUGUUUGCUCGUGCAAAGCGACUGCUUGGCCGGUCCAUCGGCCAUCAAGAAUUCCUCAGCGCUCAGCGAAGAAUCAAGGAAUUUUGGGCUCCGUCUGCAAGGGCUCGUGAUGCGGUGUAUUACGCGCUCAAGUUUCUCUUAUCCGUUCUCGUGCCCGACCAAGCUGGGCCUCCGUAUUCAACGAGCCCUGACCAUGACAAGCCAUACGAGACUCGCGAUGACGUGCUCUUAAAUCGACCUUGGGUCCUCUACUUCGCGGCACUUGUCGUCUGGUGCUAUGGUUUUGCCGUCGAGGGGCCUUGCCUGGCCGGAUCGACGCCGGUGGGCCACCAUGAACAGUGGCAGCAGAUGAGAGCCUAUCUCAGCAAGUAUGGCGGAGUUACAGACCCAAAUGAGCUGAGAAAUAUGCGAGGCAUAAACGGCAACACGGCGUUACUCAUGGUCCUAAAGGACACCUUUGACAAUUCUCGAUGGGAGCUGCUACAUGAGGGAGCAAACCUACUACACAACUGCAUCGUGCUAAACUCUGGAGGCAAUGUC